AUGAUUCGAAAUGCUAUUGCUUUUCCGAAACGUUCUAUAAAUGAUAAAAAUAAAAAUGUACAAGUAAAUAAAGAACAAGAUCAACUAAUGGUAGAAACAAUAGCUGAAAAUCAUCAAACAAUUUCGAAAAAGAAAGAUUCAGAAGCUUCUAUGGAAGAGUCUUCAGAUGAUUCAACAUCAUAUCCGAAUUAUAGUUUUUCAUAUGAAGUAAGAGAUCCGAAUACAGGUGAUGAUAAACAACAUGAAGAAAAACGUGAUGGUGAUUUUGUUCAAGGUCAAUACUCUUAUAUUGAACCUGAUGGUAGCCGUCGUAUUGUUGCAUAUCAAUCAAAUGGUACUGAAGGUUUUAAUGCUAUUGUUUUAAAAAUUAAUGCAUCCGAAUUAGUAUUACCGUUGGAAGAAAGUUCUGAUAGUACACAUAGUGAUAUUCAACAAGAAUAUGAAAUACCAUCAAAACAUAAAGAUUGUGUUGAACAAUUUUCUAAUAUUCAAACAGAAAAUCCUGAAAUCACUCAAUCAUCUGAAAAUCAAAUUCCAAAUGAAAGUAAAACAUAUAUGGAAGUUGAAGCAUUACAAGAACAACAUUCAGGAUAUAAAACAAAAGAAAAUAAUAAUAAAAAAUUAUCUGGACAAGCAGCAGAAAGGGAAUCUGAAAUAGAGAAAGAUCAUAUAGAAUUUGAAUCACAAACUAUGAUUAUGAAUUAUGAAGAUGAAAUAAAAGAAAUUACAGAAUCACCAAAAGCAUAUGAAUUGAACGAAGAAUCAAAUAAUGUACAAAGUUCUGAAAUAAGAAAUUCAAAUGAAAAUCAAGCCUAUCAUAAUGAAGUGCAAGAACCACAACAACAUUUUGCAUAUCCAAUGGCAAUUAUGCAUACUCAUGUAUAUCCAAUGCCUCUUCUACUAAAAUUGAUACCAGCUACAUCUAACCUAGAAAAUCAAACUACAAAUAUUAGUAAAAGAUCAAAAAAGACUCGCAGACAUAAUGUACCAAAUAGUAAAACACGUAAGUUACGCGUUUCAUACAAAUUAAAUGAACAUGAAAAUCAAUCACAAAUUCCAUCUAGAAAAGUAAAUGAUAUUAGAAAACGUGGUACUGAAAUCAAACAAGAAAAUGGUGGUCAUCAUUUUGAAACUUAUUGGUAA